AUGACUAAUUUGGUCGAGGUCCCCGUUGGCACCAUUGCGGCUUACGCUGCUGAUCCAAGCAAUCUCCCAAGUAAUUGGGUUGUUUGUGACGGCGCAAGUUUCUCCACUGCCACAUACCCAGACUUGUACAAAGCAAUCGGCUUUGUUUCGAAUCCAGACGCCAACAAUUCUGCUGGCAGUGGCAGUGAUGUCAUGAAUAUUCCCGACCUACGAGGUCGCUUUAUUCGGGGAGAUGACAAGAAAGAUUCUACAUUGACUGCGGGUAACACGCACGAUUGGCGAACAGGGCAGCCAAACACUGAUAUAAGAGUCACACUUGAUUGCAUAACAACUGAAAUCCAUUACACUUUAAAGAUCUUAGGCAACAGAUACAUCUCUUGGAAUGACGGCGCAACUUCAUUUGAAGCCAACGGCGGCGAUCAAGAGUCUCGACCAGUCAACACCUAUCUCUUCUACAUUAUCAAGAUUGCCAAACCAAGCAUCGACAAAGCUCCAACAACACCAUACAGCGAUCUACCUCUAGCAUCCGUCAUUCCUUUCGGAGGCGGUGACCAUGGCUAUCCACCAAACUUUCCAUCCUACAUCAGGUGUGAUGGAUCUAGCGCCAGUAUCACGUCUUUGCCAGACUUGUACAAGGUCUUGGGCACAAAAUGGUCUUCUGAUCCAGCUCCUAAUCCGAGCAAUCUCGUCUCUCCAGAUCUAUCAGGCAAAUUCAUUCGUGGAGUCGACCCGAUUGGCAAGUAUGACAUUGAUAAUGGUACUCGCAAUCCAGCGCCUGAUGGCUCAGGACAAGGUCUGGGUACCUGGCAAGGCUAUUCAACGGCUAUCCACAAGCCCUAUGUUAGAAUUGAGCACUUUUCGGACCUUUCUGAGCAGUCCAUUCAUGUUGUGGGAGAUGAUGUCAUUCAUGAUGCCAAUUCCUCCAGCAAUCAGAGCUGGUCUGGCGGAGACAGCGAAACACGACCAAAGAAUGCAGCUGUGCAUUUCUACCUGAGUUCUGUUCCUCCGGCGACAUUUCGACAAGACUUCCCAGUCGGAGGAAUCAUUGCUAUUCCAGGCAACCCAGGAAAUAAUCUCGAUCAGGCAACCUGGGCACCAUGCGAUGGCAGCAAGUACAAUCGCAGGGUUUAUUCGGCCUUGUUCGCGGCGAUUGGAACAACUUGGGGUUCACCGGGUGACGGUGACCAGUGGUUCAAUGUUCCCGAUCUCAAUGGACAAUACUUACGUGGAGCCGAUCUUCACGGCAACCCAGGCGGAGACCCUGAUCGAGGCAGUCGCUUUGCCAGUUUACCUGGAGGGAGUAGUUCCGGGGCUGGAUCAUAUCAGAAUUAUGCUACCGGCAUGCCACGCAAACCUCUAAACAUCGGCAUCUCUUACCCAAACGACGUUGAGAUGACUAGCAAGGCGACUAGCAAAGGGACUAAUCUUACUGCUGGCGAACCUAGAAAGCAGUCAUUGCCGUUGACAAACUGGGGAGACAACGAGAGUGCUCCAAGAAGUGUGGUUGUCAAGUAUUUUAUUCGUGCGCUCUGA